AUGACACAGACACACCCAGAACCAACACCAGCAACGCUGACGACGCUCGCCGCGCUCGGCCUGCCCCGCCUGCCCCCGCUCGAGCCAACACGGCGCGACGCCGCGGCGUGGGGGACGCUCAAGCCCAAGCCGCGCCAACGCGUGCUCUUCACGCACGUCGGCGCGCCGCGCUCCGUCCUCUCCAGCCGGCUGAACGCCGCGCUCGCCACCCCGGCAAUGGCAGCGGCCCUCGCCCCCUCCGGGCCAGUGGCGAGCCUGGCCGCCCUGGGGCCCGUGCGCACCCGGCUCGCAGCCAACGCCGACCUGCCUGCCGCGGGGCGUACAGGCGCCAGCUCCCUCAUCCUCGCGAGCCUGUUCGACCCGCUCAACGCGGCGCUGUGGGCGUCCGAGGUGGCCGGCACGGAUACGACCGCGCGCGGGUGGCGCGUCGCGCCAGCACACCAGCUGCACGACGUCGAGCUGCUGCUCCGCGGCCGCCCAGUCGUGGUAUACAAGCACGAGUCGAGCGCGAGCCUCCCCUCCGACGUGCUGGCGGGGCUCGCGCCGCACGUCGCCAAGCUCGUGCUCGGCGACAGCGGCGCCUGGUGCCCGCAGUGCAUGGAGACGGUGGAUUUCGGUAUCGAUAUCGGCACGUUCUGCGACGAGUGCGGCACGGAGGAGGGCGCAGUGUAUCGCGACCUGACGGAGGAGAUCUGGGCAAUCUUCCAGCGCGCCCCGACAGCGCGGUAUCUGCUCCUGUCGAACGACGACGCCGUGAUCCUCGUCCGCAGGGCAGGCGAGUCAAAGCUCAGCAUCACGUCCACGAUCCCAGCGACCAAGACGAGCGCGGACAAGCUGGCCAAUGCGCCGCUGACGGGCGGCAUCGGGCCACUCGUGCUCGCGCUCUCCGUGCUCGACGAGGACGAGUACGCCGGUGGCUGGCCCGGCGCAAGGAUACCACCCAAGCUUGAGGUGCACGGCGUGGAAGAGAACGGGUCGAACGGAGCGGCGGCCAACGGCGCCGCCGAGGUUAACGGGAAGGAGUAG